CGGCCAGCGUCCCUCGUCACAAGGAGCUCUGCAGGCCUGGCAUCAAGAUGCGUCUCGUGCGGUGGCUCCUUGCGGUCGGCUCCUGGGUCCUGGUACAGGCGGCACCGGACCCUGCUCGCAGGCAGGCCGAGGGCUCGUGCAGGGCGGCCGGGCUUUGCUGUCCCGGCAGGGACGCCUCGUGCGUCGUCCAGAAGGCCGUCCUCAACACCAUCGUGGAGGACCCCGACGAGGGGGCCUGCUACUGUGACCACGCGUGCCUCAGGCUCGGGGACUGCUGCCACGACUUCAAGGAGUCCUGCGGAGUGGUGGACUGCCAGAUGUCCGAGUGGGGUCCCUGGUCCGAAUGCGACGCCAGCUGCGGUCCGGGCGUCAUGAGCCGAGACCGCACCGUGCUGGGCCAGCCGCGCAACGGAGGCCUGCCCUGCACCGAGCUGCUGCAGCGGCGGGGCUGCUACGGCAUGCGCUGCGAGAGCAUGCCGGACGACACCCUGCACAGAGAGACGGCGAUGUUGCUGCCGGUAACGUUCUCCCAACUUCGUUACAUGAACGACUCGUACGACAUCCGACAAAACUUGAAGUACUUGCCGAAGAGCGAGCUCAGCAAAGAAAACAAUGCCACCAAGCCGUACGUGGUACUCUUCGAGGUGACCAAGACGCGCAAGGCGUGCGAGACGCUGGAGGCCUUCAGCGUACUCAAGUCGAGCCAGCACUUGUGCGUCUCCUGCGAAUCGACGGCCAUGCGCAAGCACUUGGGACAUCGCUGCACGGGCCACGGCAUCGAGGGCAUGAACACGCGGUUCGCGGCCCUGGGACACCUCCACUGCCACGGACGCUGGCAGCGCGUGGACACGCUCCAGCACUGCCCCCACGGACGCCAGCCAGACUUCAUCUUCGUCUAGUCACACGGCCACAUACGGGAGGCCCUAUACUAUCGAUGUUGCGUCUUGCCCCGAUCUGCCGGAACGUGGUGUUGCCAAAUGAGUUUAAAUGAUACAAAAGUAGCGUAUAUAGUUACGAAUGACAGGGCGUCAUCUUCGAACAAUCCGCCUCUGCCA